UCUCUAACUAACCCUUCUUCAUGACCAUCUGUCCAUGUUGUCUAUAACUCAGCCUUCUUCACGACCAUCUGUCCAUGUUGUCUAUCUAACUCAGCCUUCUUCACGACAAUCUGUCCAUGUUGUCUCUAACUCAGCCUUCUUCACGACCAUCUGUCCAUGUUGUCUCUAACUCAGCCUUCUUCAUGACCAUCUGUCCAUGUUGUCUCUAACUCAGCCUUCUUCAUGAUCAUCUGUCCAUGUUGUCUAUAACUCAGCCUUCUUCAUGAACAUCGUCUGUCCAUGUUGUCUCUAUCUCAGCCUUCUUGAUGACCAUCAUCUGUCCAUGUUGUCUCUCUUUCUCAGCCUUCUUUGUGACCAUCUGUCCAUGUUGUCUCUAACUCAUCCUUCUUCAUGACCAUCAUCUGUCCAUGUUGUCUAUCUAACUCAGCCUUCUUCAUGACCAUCAUCUGUCCAUGUGGUCUAUCUAACUCAGCCUUCUUCAUGACCAUCGUCUGUCCAUGUUGUGUCUCUAACUGAGCCUUCUUCAUUUUUAACCCUUUCCUUCCUUCAGACAGGGGAAAACACCCACGGACUAUGAAAAGGAAAGCAUCUCCCGAACUUGAGUUGGAGAGAGAGGGAACCGCCGCCAAGCAUAAUGGAGAGGACAGACCGCAGUGGUUACCGGGUCCAGCAUCUGACCGCGACGGACAUAAAAUGCCCCCGGGACCACCACCAAGCUUCUCCUCCGUCCCCACCAAUACCUUAUCCCCCCACUCACGCACCACCCCACCGGAAGCUGCGCAGAACGGCCAGUCUCCCAUGGCGGCGCUGAUCCUCGCGGCAGACAACGCAGGUGGUGGCGGGAACAGCUCGCCCAAAGACGGGAACCAAGUUCACUCCACCACGCGCCGCAACAGCAACAGCCCGCUCUCGCCCUCCUCCAUGAACCAGAACCGCCGGCCCACACAGGGUAAGGAGGCAUCCGGUAUUAUGGGGACACUUCACGUGCCAGUGGGUGGAAUGAUGGACCAAGGGCAUCAAAGCAUUCCGGACUCGUCAGUACCUGGGAGCGUACCCCUCUGCUGCACGCUCUGUGACCAGAGGUUAGAGGACACGCACUUUGUUCAGUGUCCGUCGGUACCCUUGCACAAGUUCUGCUUCCCGUGUUCGCGGCAGAGCAUCAAACAACAAGGAGCCACCGGGGAGGUGUACUGUCCCAGCGGGGAGAAGUGCCCGUUGGUUGGCUCUAACGUACCGUGGGCUUUCAUGCAAGGAGAAAUCGGCACCAUCCUUGCAGGGGACGUCAAAGUAAAAAACGAAAUGGACACUUGAGAUUUUAUUUUCAAAAUAUUUUGGGGAGAGAGAUUGUUUUGGUGGAAAAAGACAAAAUGCGAGAGUAUAAAUAUUAAAAUUAAAUACCACAUACCAUCCAAACAAACUAACCAAUGGACUUUGUACAUAUUUUACCCAAUCCGAGGGGACUAGUGUAGGCUAUACUUUGUAAAACAAGGCUCUAUAAUUUAGAGAUUUUUUUAAUACAUUCAGUUUCUAUAUUUUUGAAGAUAAAGGUAUUUAAUUAUAAUAGAACUGGGCUCUCGGCCCUAUUUGUUGAUGUUUAACACAGUUGAUGUAGGCCUACUUCUAGUUGUGCGUCCCAAAAGGCACUCUAUUCCCUAAAAAGGACACUAUUUUUGAGCAGGGACACCCACAGGGACACCCACAGAGCUCUGGUCAAAAGUAGUGCCGUAUUUAGGUAACAGGGUGCCUUUUGGGACGCAGACUGUCUGGUGCCUGUUCCUGUUCAAAACCUGACUGAUGAUGAUGCCCGUCUCUACGAGGUACAUGUCAACCAACUGAAAUGCUUUACCUGUGACUUGUAUGCACUUGUUUCAAAAGAAUUGCCAAAUACAAUGUGUGAUGUUGUAUGAAGAA